AUGGAUGAGUUUAACAAAGCAGUUGUUAGGAGAACUGUACAUAAUUUCUAUGUAUCUGACAAAUGUGUCCCGACAGUUGAGAAGUUGCGAUUGAGACUUUCCGAAGCCAUCGAUUUCAAAGGCUCCAACACAAUUGGUAAUGGAGACCGUCUAAUCAUCGUACACGCAGGUGGAGAAGAUGGUUUUAUACCAAACACAUUUCUCCAGUGGAAAGCCAGCCAAAGUACAGGGGACUAUCACAAAAACAUGAACACUGUUAACUAUGAAAAGUGGGUACAAGAAAAACUGUCGCCAAAUCUGAAACCAAGAUCGGUAAUUAUUAUUGAUAAUGCCUCUUAUCACAAUGUGACACUGGAUAAAAUCCCCACAAAAAGUUCUCUAAAGGCGGACAUGCAGGCAUGGUUGACUCAACACAACAUAGAUUUCACACCAACCAUGUUUAAGGCAGAGCUUCUCAACCUAAUCCAGCAAAAUAAACCACCAACGAGAUACAGUCUAGACGAAAUCUUAGAGGGGAAUGACAGUGGUCAUACGGUUCUUCGUCUGCCUCCGUAUCACCCUGACCUGAAUGCCAUCGAACUCAUCUGGUCUCAGAUCAAGGGUUAUGUAGCUGAACGCAAUACUCAGUUUAACAUGAACAGUAUUAUGAGAUUAGUUGAAGCGAAGGUAUCUGAAAUCGGCGCCAGUGAGUGGGAAAAGUGCUGCAGUCACGUGAAAAGUAUUGAAGAUCAGUAUUUUGAGAGAGAACAAUUAAUUGACGAGUUCCAUGAUGCUGUUAUUGUUGAUUUAGGACAAAGUGACAGUGAGGACAGUGAAGGUGCAGAUGAACCAUCUGAAGGAGAAGAGAUGGACCUUUCUGGGAUAGAGGAAUUAUUCCUUACUGAGUGCGACCGAGCGGCACUAAUGAGGGUCGAGCCGCCCUCCGUGGUGGACAAUAGGCGGCUUUACGACCCGACCCUUAUCACUGGUCCGACGAUAGCUUGUUGA